AUGGUAUUUGGCUGGCGCUCGCCUAUCUACCGAGACCCUAAGCUCAUGCAGUUCUUUGACGGCUUUGCUGAGUUUGCCGAGAUCAAUCAGACAGGCAUCGCCGCCCUCCUUGACUCCUUCCCCGUACUCAGGAAGCUGCCCGAUUUUCUCUUGCCUGUGCAGAAGAAAGCGAAGGAGCUUCAUAAGAAGGAAAAGGAUCUUUACCUAAGUCAUUGGCUCAAGGCAAAACAGGACAUCGCUAAUGGCUCUAUCAAGCAAUGCUUCUGUGUUGGAUUGGCCGAAGCGCAGGAGAAGGGUAAUUUCGAUGAUGCGCAAGAUGCUUACAUCUCUGGAACUCUGCUCGAAGCUGGAUCAGACACGACGUCCAGCACCCUGUACGCCUUUGUACAGGCAAUGCUCCUCUAUCCUGACAUCCAACGGAAAGCUCAAGAUGAAAUCGAUAAGGUAGUUGGUAAGCGCAUGCCAUCUAUGGAUGACGAGCAUAGCCUUCAGUAUGUUCGUGCGUGCAUGAAAGAGACACUGCGCUGGAUGCCGACAACUAUCCUCGGUGCUGUUCCUCAUGCCGUCACGCAAGACGAUACCUACAACGGAUAUCUCAUCCCCAAGGGGGCAGGCGUUCUCAAUAAUGUCUGGGGCAUUCAUAUGGAUCCUGAGCGUCAUCCCAGCCCUCGCCAGUUCAACCCUGACAGGUACCAGGAUGACUUCCAAAGCCUGGCAGACGCCGCAGCCAACCCAGACGCUUCAAAACGAGACCAGUUCACCUUUGGUGCAGGCCGUCGUAUUUGCCCUGGAAUCCAUGUUGCUGAGAGAAGCUUAUUCCUGGGCAUUUCACGUAUCCUAUGGGCGUUCAACAUCAGACCUACCGUCGAUAAGAACGGGAAGCCAGUUUUGCCAGAUCCAGAUAAACUGACUCAAGGCUUCGUAUGCACGCCUGAGGAGUUUCCUGCUAGAAUUAUUCCAAGGUCUGAGGAAAAGAAGGCACAGGUUAUCGAGAGUUGGAAGAAGGCUGAAACAGAUGUCCUUGAUCCUGAGACAAAGCAGUGGCGUUAG